AGAAAGAGAAGAGAAAGUAGCCGUUUAAUUCUUCGCAUACGUUAUCACUUUAUUCAAUCAGACCGUUGUGGUUUCACAAUACUUGAACUCACCCUCUCACCAACACCUGUUUCAAACACACCCACCCCCACAAAAACACACAGUAACAAUGGUGGCCAGAACCCCACCAAAGCUAAGGAAGAAGAUGUUGGCCCCACUCGACCCAAAUCAACUCAGGGAAACCCUCAACAAGGUGGAGAAAUGUUUGAACCGGUUGCAAGAGCUCGAGUAUGUUACGGGUGGGACGAAGGUGAAAUCCGGUGCGAAUGUUAGUCCGAGGGGUAACAGAGGGUACUUGAGAACUAUCAGAAAUGGAAAUGGUCAGAAAACCUCACCUGGAAAGUUACCCACACAAAUUGGGGAAUGGAAGAGAAUGUCAUUGCCGGCGAUGAUAUUAGGCGAAACAAUGGGCGAAAUACUCCAAGCAAGCCGAUUCGCAAAAGAAAUCGUGGCGACCGCCAACACAGCCGACCCGAAAACUCCUGUGACGGAUUCGCGGCGGAAGUCGAGGAUAAACCCGGAAACCACUGAGCUUAGAGCGCGUCGAAAGAGGGAAAAACAGAUCAUCCGAGCCGAACCGCACUCCCCAUUACUUCAAAGAACCAAAUCGCGCAUUAACUUCAAAGUUUCGGGCUCGCCCCCGAAACCAGAGCCCGAAAAAGAAAACCGCAUGUUUUCAGCUAAUCGGGUGUCCCCGAAGAACCGACCAUGGGCCCGAAAAACCGUGAUCUUCCCGAACCCAAUGUUCAACUCGUCGUCAAAUGCACAUAACCAAAAGUUUUGUAGAACAAAUUCACCCGUGAUUCCUAGAAACCCGCCGAUAACCCCGCAUAAGUUCUUGAUCAAGACACCGCCUGCAGCUGCACGAAAAGCGGCCCCAUCCUCCUCCUCGGCCUCGGUUGUAAAGUUUCAAGUCAAGAUAAGGAGUCCACCGGUUUCCCUAUCUCCAACCCGACCCACCAAGAAGGCGGUGGGGGGAUCACCGCCGAAGAAAGUAUCAACGGCCGCCAAGCUCAGGCGGUCGUUUUCGCCAUCGCGAUUGGCGAGUAGAUUGGUUUCGCCGUUGAAGAGUAGAAAAUCAUCAGUGCCAAAGAGUGUGGAUGGUGGGAUGAUGAUGAUGAAUAUGAAUAUGAACAUGAUGAGUGGAUUAAAACAAAGACCUGUAUCAACACCUCGGAGGAUUUAAGGUUUUUCAAUUCGGAGGAGUUAAGGUUUCAUUCUUUCAAAUGAUAUUUUCCUAAUGUCAUUAAUGUCAUAUGUGAUGUUCUUCAAGGUACCUAACAUUUGUGUAUCAUAAAACAGGAAUGACACAGUUGAGGUGUUCAUUUACUACAUGUUAUUAAUUUUUGUUUAUAUA